ACUCUGCCGCGUUGAUUCACACACCAAUGAACUCAUUCAAGAAGUAAGUUUUACAUUUUCGUUCAUUUUUCUUCACAUUUCACCAUCGGAACGAUAUUUCGCCGCUUAGAAUCGACGCGUUUGUGAGCUGGAUUAUGGUUUACGGCGAUGUUCUGUCGAUGUGCAGAAUUGACAAUAUGUUCGUCGUGUGUGUUGAUCUGUAAGUUAGUUUAUAAUCGAUCAGCUGAGCACAUCUGAAGCGCUUCACACAAAGACACAUGACAGCAGAGAUGGAGUCUGACACCGAGAGAGCGAGGAUCUUCUGGCAGGAGAUGGAUGUUGAUGGUGUGUUUGAUCAGCUGCUGGAUUUACUGCAAGAUUUAAGAGAAGCCAUCACUACACACACAGCAUCAGACAGAGAUUAUGUAAAGGCGAUGAAGAUUAUUCUGGAGUCUGAAGUCAGCGUCUUGAAGAACGAAGGCAUUGAGGAGGUGCUCAUUGAUGAAGAUAUACUAACGGUGACCGUCCAAGGGUCUCAAUGUUCUCCUGAUCACAUGAAGAACAGCUGUGUGACUGAUGAUCUUCUUCAGGACGCCUCGCGGUGUGUAUCAAUACACGAGCAUCCCAUCAGACAUGUAGACGAACGUUCAAAGGACACAGAGACGAGCUCGGACUACAGUCAGAUGUCAUCAGCCAGUAGGAAUGAAGCUCUGUGUUCACACGACCUGACGGCGCUGAUGUCUCCUCUGAGCGUCUGUUCCGAGGACCCCGAUUCCCCCGUCCCGCUCGACUUCCAACCUCACGACUGCAGCCCGGCGUGUGUCCCGCUGCUGCUCGCACACGCUGACCACUUCCUGGGACACAAUCCGUUCCGGGUGCCCAUGCUGUGCCAGUUUCAGCGCCACUGCGUCCGUAUCCACCCGUCCACAGAGCUGGAGGAGGAGAUGUUGGAGGUCCUCUACACAGCCCCUUGUGGGCGGAGCCUGCACUCCAUGGAGGCGGUGCUCGAUUUUCUGUUGCAGUCUGACAGUCUGGGUCGUCUUCAGCCGGACAAUUUCACCUUCAACCCGCAGAUCGUACCAGAACGCCAGACGCAGCGGCACGCUCCCGGCCCCCCGUCGGUUCUGUUUGAGCGUGACCUGAGCCGCGGGGUCGAGCCCGUUCCCGUUUCUCUCUGCAACGAGGUGGACCGGCUUCGGCCCAAAGAGUUUCGCUAUCGUAAAGAACGCUGGCCUCACGGCUGCUUCCUCGGCGCUGCUCCCUUCUUCUCUGUCUGCUGCGACUGCACAGACGGCUGCGCAGAUGUCCAGAAGUGUGCGUGUCUUCAGCUGUCUGUCAGAGGAGGAACAGAUGAGCAGGAACAUCAGUCUUACAAACACAUGAGACUCGACACGCCUGUAAACGCCGGGCUGUUCGAGUGCGGCCCGUGGUGUGGCUGUGAACGGGCUCGCUGUCAGAAUCGUGUGGUUCAGAGAGGACUGCGUGUGCGUCUGCAGGUCUUUCGCACCCUGGACCGCGGCUGGGCCGUGCGUUGUCAGGACGACCUCGACAUGGGAACUUUCAUCUGCAUUUACGCAGGUGUGGUGCUGAGACGAGAGCAGAGCGUGGGGCCGGUUACUGUGAAGAGCGGAGAAGCCCAGGUGUCUGACGACGAGGUGGAGGUGGUGGAUGAAUGGACACUUCCUACAGAGAGCAGCGGGAAAGAACCUCCGGAGCGAUCUCCUCCGCUCCAUGUCCCCGUUAUACAGAGACCUGCGGAUCAGCCCGGACACACACAACACAAGGUGAUCUCGUCUCCAGACUGCAGCGAAGCAGAGAAUGAAGAUGUGUUGAGGAAGAAGAUGAGAUUAACAGAAUCAAAGGGACACCGUGAUGGAGGAGAGGUGACGUCUGAUGGAGACGUGUAUUAUCUCAGCGCUUCCACUGAGGGAAACGUGGCCAGAUUUAUCAACCACAGCUGUGAUCCCAACCUGUUUGUCCAGAACAUCUUUGUUGAUACGCACGAUCCAAAAUUCCCACUGGUGGCCUUCUUCACAAACAGGACGAUCAAAGCUGGAACUGAGUUGACGUGGAAUUAUUCGUACACGGAAGGAAGUCGUCCGGAUCACGAGGUGUCCUGUCGCUGCGGUAACGCCACCUGUCAAGAACUCAUCAUCUGACACAUCAUUUUAAUUUUGUGAAUACAUUUCAUAAGCCUUUUAUUAUUACUGGAAGUCUGUGAGAGUUUGUGGAUUGUGGUUUUAUAACUCACAUUUUUGAAAAAGGAAACAAAUAGAAUAAGAACGACCGGUUACUGUAGAUUAUGACAAUGUUUUUAAAUAGCUUGUGAUAAAUUUCUUAACGGUUAGAUGAAGAUCAAUAAAGUUUUUCUAUUAGA